CUUCUCCUCCCCCCUCUCCCUCUUCUCCUCCUCCCCCUCCUCCCCGUAGCACGGCGGUGGCGGCGGGCAGGCUCCUGCCACGGCCCCCGCAGCUCCCCAGCCUGGGCGGCGCAGCGGCCCUCCCGCUCCUUCCUUCCUUCCUUCUUCCCUCGGUCGCCGCCUCGGGCCCCCGGCGCGAUGUCGGGCGGCUCGGCCGGCGCCCCCAAACCUCUCCCGUCCUCUGGGCCCAAGUCGUUGCGGGAGAUGCCGCAUCCCCUGGCCACGUCCAGCAGCGAGGAGAUGGGGCCGGCGCUCACCCCCAGCCCCGACCUGCUGCUACCCCGCAGCAUCGGCGACAAGGAUCUCAGUCUACCCAAUGGCACACCUGUGGACACUUCUAGCCCAGCCUCCUCCUCAUCUCUCCUCAACAGACUGCAGCUGGAUGAUGACUUGGAUGGGGAAACUAGAGACCUCUUUGUUACUGUCGAUGAUCCGAAAAAACACGUGUGCACAAUGGAGACAUAUAUCACGUACAGGGUCACAACAAAGACCACACGAGCAGAGUUUGAUUUGCCAGAGUAUUCUGUCCGCCGGCGGUACCAAGACUUCGACUGGUUGAGAAACAAGCUGGAAGAGUCUCAGCCAACACAUCUCAUUCCCCCUCUUCCUGAGAAAUUUGUGGUGAAGGGUGUUGUUGAUCGCUUUUCUGAAGAAUUUGUGGAGACAAGAAGGAAAGCAUUAGACAAAUUCUUGAAGCGAAUAACUGAUCACCCGGUGCUUUCUUUUAAUGAGCACUUCAACGUGUUUCUCACAGCCAAGGAUCUUAAUGCCUACAAAAAGCAAGGAAUGGCAUUGCUAUCAAAGAUGGGGGAGUCUGUCAAAUAUGUCACAGGAGGCUACAAAUUAAGAAGUCGUCCACUGGAGUUUGCAGCAAUUGGGGAGUACCUAGACACGUUCUCUCUAAAACUUGGUACCAUUGACAGAAUAGCACAACGGAUUAUCAAGGAACAGCUGGAAUACUUGGUGGAACUACGAGAAUAUGGGCCUGUUUAUUCAACCUGGGGAGGGCUGGAGGUUGAGCUAUCGGAGCCACUGGAAGGGGUGUCUGCCUGUAUUGGGAACUGCUGCACAGCUCUUGAAGAACUCAGUGAAGACAUGACAGAAGACUUCCUGCCUGUGCUUAGGGAAUAUAUAUUGUACUCGGAGUCGAUGAAGAAUGUGUUGAAGAAGAGAGACCAAGUUCAAGCGGAGUAUGAAGCAAAACUGGAAGCAGUAGCCUUGAAAAAAGAAGACCGUCCAAAGGUACCCACAGAUGUUGAGAAAUGUCAAGACCGCGUAGAGUGUUUCAAUGCUGACCUGAAAGCAGAUAUGGAGAGAUGGCAGAACAACAAAAGACAAGACUUUAGGCAGCUACUCAUGGGGAUGGCAGAUAAAAACAUCCAGUACUACGAGAAGUGCCUUACGGCGUGGGAGUCAAUUAUACCACUAUUGCAAGACAAGCCAGAGACCAAAUAAGAAGUACCUUCAUGGACAGUCUAGCACUUCUAUGCUCAGUACCACUAGACAUACUGGAACUGUAUGAAGAACUCCUUUUUGUCAAGUUAACUGAAAUGCCAGCUGGACUUAGGCUGGAACAGACACUCUGAAAACUAUUUGAGUUUUUUUCCUCACUUUCUGUGUUUAAACUGGGGUAUGUUUCAUCUUUUUGAGUUAUCUUGAAUGGUUCCUUCUUUAUCUUAUGGAGUGAUUGGGGGUUCACACUGAAAGUGCACGGGGAUCUUGAUAAAACUUACCUCUUUAGUCUGGAAGGAACUGAUGAGUGGAACACUAAAAAGAUGAAAAUAAAACUCUACUGCAAGGUGCCAAAUGACAUCUUUAUUACCAUUCUGUUUUGUUUGCUAAAAAAAAAUAAUUAUUCCUAUGAUACAGUACUUUCUAACCAAUCCUCAUCCCUUUUUUUGGAUGGACAGGGAAAGGCUGGAAAUGAAUAUUUUCUGUUUUGCUACCACCCAUAUGCUCCCUCUAGGUAAAAUGGUUUCUGGAGACUUUUCUGUGUGGGAGUUGGGCUGGUCCUAGACAGAACAUACGAACACCACCUGCAGAUAGCCUGUGAUGCAAGCAUGAACUGUGGUUUUUGUGAGUGUGGCAUGCUGUUGGUUCAUACUGAGUAUCUUUGUUUACCUUGGUGAUUAUGAAGUAGUGUCAGUUGGCUCAAGUGUACUUGUGACUGACUUGGGGAUCAAAAUCAGCCUAGCUGUGGGAGUGAGUUGAACUGCGACCUUUCAAGGCUUAUGGCAAUGGUGGAAGAAAGUGUGAGUCUUCAGUGUAUUUUUUCUAAAGUUAGCUCUGGAAGUUGCAUGGUAGAAUUCUCUUGGUCCAUGCUUUAAAUGUUUUUUGUGUUGUGUUUUUUUUUUUUCUGAACUAGAGGCACUUUGGGCUUGGUCAGUUAAGGUGCCUGCUGUAGUAAAGGUAGAACUCUGCUUUCUCUCCCCAUGUUUGUUUGGUUUUGGUUUGUUUUGGUUUUUUUUGCAGCAGCAGCCAAAAGCCAAAAAGUGUCAAAUGCUUGCUUACACCAAGCAUCAUUGUGUAUGAAACUUGCCUUAAACAGGUUGGUAGGGGUAGAUAAGUACCCUGUUGGCUACCCAUAGCGUUUCAUACCUGUCUCUACUGAACCACACGGCAAGUCUUUUAAGACUACUUUUGGUACAGAUCUAUUUUCUGAGUAGUUUUUCUUGGCCUUUAGAAAUGUAACUGCUUCUGCAAGUCCCUUUUCCCCCCCUCCUUUCUCUUGCAGUCCAACCUCAAGUAAAUGUCUUCUUUGUUGUCAAUGGCCUUAGGAAUGCUGAGGUGAUUCCCAGGGUCACAGAGUCUUGGUUUAACAGCAUGCAGAUAAAUCCUUCUUAACCAUCCUAAGUGGGGGGGUUUGGAGCUAAUAUCAGUGUAAUAUUGGGAUUUGGGGGAAUAAAUAACUCUGAGCACUUACUGCCAAACUUGAGUGGUUACUUGAUGUCUGGCAAUAUGCUUGCAGAGAAUCUGAGUAGUAAUUGAGUACGUGCAACUUUGUUCUCCUGUGAUGACCUACCAGGUACCACUCUGGUUUGGACUUUAUCCUUUCAUAAAUACCAAGUAUACUGAGGCCCCUCUAUUCAACUUGGUGGCUUUACAGCUACUGUCAAGAUGAGUUAUUGUAGUGAUGUGGUAGCUGUUAGGCUAAUGAGAGGAUGCUCUCUGGGUGCAAAAGUCAAGGUUAAGAUAUUUUAAGAGGUCUUCCUUUUUGAUUCAGCCUCCACUGACAGCUCUGUAGUACUAAAACUAUGCUUUUUGGUUUAAGCUCACAGUUUAUCAGUAUACACUUAUCUGGUGUAAAUGAGAACUCUCCUUUAAGGUGCUGUUAGGUCCAGAAUGACAAACUACUCUUGUUGUGCAAGGGAAGUGCUUAAGGGGAUCACCUUGAAGUGGUAGUCAGGCGUUUUCCUCAGUCUUUCCCUUGUAAAAUAAGCACUUGCAUAACAUUUAACAGUUGGCCCUUCAGGGUUACAGUCUUCCUUAUUUCCCACAAACAGAGAUCAACAUGCUUUUUUGAGCUGUUUCCUGUGUGGAAAAUGGAAUUUUGUAGUUGACUCUACAAAAUAACUGGGAGUCAAGCAAAAUGUAAUUUGCACUAAUAUUUGGGCAGUCUUACCUUCACCUUAUCAAAAAAAGUGCAAAAUGAGUAGAAAGGAUGGUGGGCUUUUCCUGCAGGUGAGGAGGUUCUGUCUGAUGCCUUACAACACUGAGGUCCUGUUCCCUCAUAGUUUUAUGUCAACCUGAAGUAGGUGUUGGUUCUGGGGAAUUUAGCAAUUGACAGCUGUUCACGAGAAGCAUAAUAGACAGUGGGGAGUGCCAAGUGAAGGUCAAAUCAAUGUGUAACUGUUGAGCCUGGAGCUGCUGAAGAUCAGCUUAGAUUUUCUUUAAUCUGACACCACUGGUUCUGCGGGAUGGUUUUUAAACUAUUCCUCAACCAGAGUAUGUUUUAAUUUCAGAUAAAUCCCUUUCUGGCUAAGCUGCUGAUAGGCAGGCAUGCUUUUCAGGUCUCUGUUGGAGUAUGUGGCACUGGCAGGUUGAUUUGGAGGAGAGGCUGGAGCGUGCACCUCAGUCUGUGGCCACUAAUAGGAUUUCUUAUAUGAUCUGGAAUACCAAAACCUCUUAAGCCCCUACAAGGAAAGGAAAACUUAACAAUCAAAAGAGGACUACUGCAUUCAUUGCUGCAGUGUAAGAAGGGUGUGUAGUGGUGGAUCUCUCGGCUCCUGUGGGCUAUGGAGGAGUGUCUUCAUAAAGAGCUGUUGUAAAUCUCUAGUUACGUGUCGGAGAGGCUGUGAGGUGUGGGGAGGAUCCCGACUGUGAGAUUUAGGGCAGCAGUGCUGAACAGGAGAACUACAAAAUAGCAGGAAACUCCUGUAACAUGUAAGCAGUGACACUUGUAAAGAGUGCACUUACUUAACUGCCACUGUGGGGGAUGAGAUCCAAGAUGUUAGUGAAACUCUAACAUACUAUCCUGUAACCCUUACAGGAUAGGAGUCUCUCCUUUGGGUGGCCCAAACCUUAAGUGUGAAAAGUAAAUGGUGUUGGUAAAGGGAAGCAGGAGUAGCGUAGGAGCUUCAUCUUUGAGUAACUUCUGGAGUGUGCAGUCAUUUAAGGCCACCCUCUCCACAUGCACUAAAAUGACAUCAAAAGUAGUUGCACCCUUUCUGUGAGCCUAUGUAACAUGUGGGUCCUUCAAUAAUCCUUAAAUUAGCCCAGUUUUCCUCGUAAUCCAUAGCCAGACCAAGUUCUUUCUCAGAGGAUGCAUAAUUCACUGCUGUCUUGGUUAUUUCUGUGUAAUUUCUGGGAUGUUUGUUUCUUCUCUUAACUGGCACCAGCACAAUAAAGCAAGCACUGAGAUCUUGUUUUCAUGCUCGGUAAUGAACCGUGCAUUGUUCGUAUGUAUCCUUACCAGGUUCUGACUCUUGCAAUAAACAUAGAUGUUGAAACAUCGUGGCUUUUUCAGGUAUCCAUUGAAAAAUGAAAAGGUAAUAGGUGUAGCCCUAAAGACACGAACUCUUCUGAUGCGAGUUGUAUCAAAGAAUAAACUAUGGAUUCUUCACUGAAGUCUACUUGGAUUUUUGUCACACUGGCAGUUGUGCUAAGGAGAGAGUAAUGGGAUAAAGUGGUAGAAACAUCCGCAACACGUGAGCGGCAGAGAUGGUCCUGCGGAGGUACAGUGAGGUAGCCUUGCAGCAGUGGCUCUGCAUAGCCUGUUUGUGUUGCAUAUAGCUUCAGGUGUCAGUCCUGCGUAUGCCAAGGUACAAAAGAAUUCCCUCCUAGCCCACCAGGGACUGUUCAGUGUUUUAACAGGAGCCAUGCUUUUGUUAAAACUUGCACAAUUUAAUUGAGUAUGAUUACUGUUGCAGACUGUUUAAAAUCCUGGUGCUGCUGAGUGAAAUUGCAUAGACUAAACUAGCUCAUCAGAUGUUCAGCCUUCUUAAAUUCUGAAGGUAGAACAGUCUUUCCCUUGGCAUAUUAACUUUUACUACAACAACCAAUAAAUAGAGAAAUGGGGUCUUUUUUUAAGGUAGGGAACUUGCUACUGCUUACCAGAUUAUUUUUUUUUUUGUAAAGUAAAACUGGGGAUCACAGGAAUAAACUAGCCUUCUGGCAGUGUGAAUAUUGCAUUUUAAACUUUUGGGAGUGCUGUUUAACCAAUUGUACGAAGUGAAAUGUUAAUGCUUAAUUCCAUGCUUAGCACUUUGGAGUCUUGGUGGGGCAUCUGACUUGUACAAGUACUCAGUAACGAACUGGGCUAGUUUUAAGGUUGCAUGGCUAAGGCACAGUACUUGUGCAGAAAAUAAUGCACUUUCCAAAAAGGCCUAAGCGGAACACCCUUAUGUAAGUGGCAUGCUGAAACACUAAAGGCUAGUCACUGUCCUAGACUACUCUGAGGCCUCGGUAUUCUAUGCUUUGAAGCUAAACCAUUUCCUUGACUCUGCUGCUGUGAUAUGUGUCCAUCCCUUUGGAUCAAGCCAGCAGGGUUGGGGCCAGUGCCACAUUCCCACCGCACAGGCGGACAGACUGCAGAGGGAUGUUCUUACCAUAGCAAACAGCCAAAGGGCUUUUGUCUUCAGCAUAUGAAAAUAAAGCAGCACUGUCCUUGUUCUCUCUUCCUCUGUGCCUGCACCCCUCAGUCGCUCCUUAAGGUCUGGGGAGUUGGUGGGUGCAGGUGAAGGCAAGCUGGCUGCGAGCGGAGGUGGAUCUCAUCCCCCUCCUUGUUGAAGGUGGCAGUACUGGGGACCAAAACGGGUGCUGGCUCGUUCCCCAGGCUCUUCUGCUUUCAGCCUUUGUAAACCCACUCACUGCAAUGAGUCACUGUUCAUACCAUUUAAAAACCAAAACGAAAGCUGUGAAAAGACUUGUCUCUGUGUGAAUUCACUAGUAAACAAAAUAAAAAUGGGAAGGAGGCUUUUUUUUCCUGCACUUGACCAAAUCUGGCAACUGUGCUCUUGUUCAGACUUGCAGGCUAUGAAAUGUUGUCUUGCCUUCUGGUGCUGGCAUGUUUCUAUACCCUUUCAUAUAUCUCUGUAUAAAUAUACUUUGUGCAUUGUUUACUAUGGAACUAGUAUUGAUGGAGAAAAACACUUUGAGGUAAAACUGUUUGUAAUUCUCUAUGAGUGUGUACAUUUUUUUAAAAUGCACCAUUUGUUUACCUCAAUUAAUUUAAUGGAAUGGACCAAUAAAUGUAUUAAAA